AUUCACAACAAGAGGGGGGUGAAACGGAUGGGAGGGGGUCGAUGACAAGCUCCAGCGAAGGGGGAUUUUAGUGCAGGUGUCCUUGGCUUUCAUUUUUUUUGACACCUCGGAGACAAGACCCGACUGUAAGUCGCCUAAAACUGUUGACGAGGACGCAAAGCUGAUAAAACACUAAUAAAUGUCUGGUCUGCCUUGAAAUCCUGAAAAGAGCAGAGAGGGAGAGAUACGCUCGUCUGGAUGAGAGACCCCCGCUGGGUGAAGACACGCAGCGUAUGUGAGCUGAGCCGUGAAAGCUCGCUGCUGCCAUUGACUGGAGACUGAGGCUGAAAUGGGAGAGAAAACGAAGGGAAGCGAGCGCGGGAGGAGAGGGAGCAUCAACCUCAAGAAUAAAACAUCGCUUCACUGAUCAUUAUAAGGUAUUAUACGUCGUUUACAGAUUAGCAAUUCUCGGUGUUUGGCGCCGUCUGGACAUUGUCAGUCGACGACGGUGAUGGUGAUGAAGGCUUGAACGGUGGCAAUUACCGUCGCCAGACAAAUUCCAUUUUUCCCUCUGCAGAUGUGGGCUGUGAGAAUAAUAAGGCCAGAAUCCGUGUGUGAAGGAAUUAAAAACUGGUCACGGUGAAUAAAUAUCAGUGAUGGUCACCUACAUUGUUGCAGGUUCCCUCAGGAUGAGUCUACUGGACUGUAUCCACGUGUAGUAAGUGGUGGUCUGUAAGGCGAGGCUGCAUUUAUAAAUAAUGAGAUUCAAGUGGAAAUUUGCACCUGAAGUCAACUGAAAAAAACAUCAACAGCAGCUCAAGUGGACAAAACCUGUGCUGCUUUUCCUUUCCCUUUAUUCUGCCUAGAAAGAUGGGACUAACCUGACUUCAGGUCGACACCUUUGCUGGAUGUAAGACAACACAUGCACCAUUACCGUACUAACAAUGCCAAGCUCUCAGGCGCCAAGUGUGGGCAGAAAUUUUACUCAGAUACCCUGGGAGCCUGGGUUCACUGGCUCCAUUCGAGACCCAGUGUGGUCCUCCACUGCGAACAGUGUGGUGAAGAUGUUGCUCAUAUCACUCAUUGUGUGCGUGUCUCUGUUUGGAAAUGUCGUGGUUUUACUGGUGUUCCAGAGGAAGCCUCAGCUUCUCCAUGUGGCCAACCGCUUCGUCCUCAACCUCCUUCUGGCAGACCUCCUCCAGACUGUGUUAGUCAUGCCCUUUGCUAUUGCAGCCACUGUGCCGGGUGUGUGGCCCCUGGAUGCCAGACUGUGCCAGGCUCUGGUGGUGCUCAUGCACCUUUUUGCAUUUGCAGGAGUCAACACCAUCAUAGUUGUUUCAGUUGAUCGCUACCUGGCCAUCAUCCAUCCUCUAUCCUAUCCCACCCGCAUGACCCCUCACCUGGGCACCAACCUGAUCAUUUGCACCUGGGUGUUCAGCUUCCUGCAGAGCACCCCACCUCUGUACGGCUGGGGGGCCAUCGACUUUGACCGCCAUCACAAAGUGUGCUCAGUGGUGUGGUCCUCCAGCCUGUCCUACUCUGCAGUGGUGUCCACCUUCUCCUUCUGGCUGCCUGUGCUCGUCAUGCUUGGAUGUUACUGGAUGGUGUUCAGGGCAGCUCGGAGGCAAAACGCGCUUGUGCAUCCCAUACAGACACAAUCCUACUCUCAACCUUGCCCGCAGGACUUCCAGACACCUGGCAGUCCCCAGCGGCAGCCCCAGUCCCAGUCCCAGCCCCAGUCCCAACCCCAGCCUCUAAUCCAGCCACAACAGGCCAGUUCACCUGAUGGCCCUUACUCAGCGAGAGGAUACCCUGUUCGAGUCAGACACAGACGCUUCCACUACCACUGCAAAGCAGCUCGGGUAGUUUUUGUCAUCAUGGCGUCAUAUAUCCUCAGCAUGGGGCCUUACAGCAUACUGAACACAAUAUCUAUGAGUGCUAGAGCAGCCGUACCCCCUUGGCUGUCCUCCCUUGCCCUCGUGCUCUUCUUCUUGCAGUGCUGCCUCCACCCGUACAUUUACGGCUACAUGCACCGCAGCGUCAGGAAAGAGUUCCUGGCUUUGCUCUGCGGGCUGUUCUGCAAACAGGGCCGUCCCAGACAGAGCUCAGCUGUGGAGAGCUGCUUCACGACUACAGAGGGACGUUUGAGGGCCAACUCUCACCUGCCCAGCCUGACUGCUCGGGUCCUGCCUCUGCGGACUUGGGAAGAGUGCACAACGUCAUCCUCUCCCACCUGUGAGAGGAAGUCCAGGGACAGCCGCAAAGACACAAUCUCCACCAGCAUCAGCUCUGAGAGGGAGCUCACUGUCCACAGCAAACAAAGCACCUAGACUACCUUGAGGAUUCAUCUGAUAGUUCUCGUUUACUAUUACUUGAAGAUCUUGUCACAAUAGCCUUCUUGCACCAGGGUUUUUAAUUUGAGGGUUUCUGCCAUGGGAGUUGUAGUUUAUUUACUUAAACACCACCUGUAUGAUCUUCACUGUUUCAACUAAGGUUUGAGUCAAGGAAAAAGAUCAACUUAUAGAAUCUCUUUUAAAAAAAAAAAGUGGUCCAUUAAUUGUUGAAUUUCGAAUGUAUAAUAACAUCCUACCUAUAUUUUUACUUGGUCAGACUUUUACAUGAGACGGAGAUCUGUAAAUGCUGUUUUGAGAUGUGUUAGAAAUGCAUAUGUGUGCAGCUGCAUGUCUCUGCAAACUGGCAUUACUACUUUAAAUGUGUAACAUUAUUUCUGGAGCACCUGUUACAUAUAGUGGGCAUUCAAAAGAUUUAAAGGUAGAGCAAAAAUAAACUCAAGCAGCACAUUUACAUCAGUCAGGUAAAUUGUGUGUUACAGUGA